AUGAAAGAAGCGCUUCUUGUUUGUCUUGUUCAAAUUGCGGCGAUUCCUGAUGGGAAAGAGGAGUAUGAGAAUGAGGUGUUUAGAAGUCUGGAUGGGACGCUGAACGAAGGGGAAAUUACUUGUCGGACGUGGAUUUUAAGGGUGUUGGGAUUGUUGAUGAGGAAUGGAGUGAAGAUACUGGUAUGUGAGAGUAUUGAGGGGUUGGAGAGGGAGGUUAAGGAUUGGGGGAAUAGGUAUAUGGAUGAGGCGAAUGAGAAUGUGCAGCCGAGACCGGUGGAGGUUUCGAGGGUUUGUGGUUUUUGA